AUGCAUGGAGACAGCUCUACGCUUCGGAGCAUUCGCUUCUUUCGUAAAGGCCGUUCUGGGAUUCAUGCCUCGAGCAGAGGUGUCAAGGUGAUUUUGAGCGGGCACUCGCUCGGUGUAAACGUUGCCCGGGCAGUAGCAGGCUACUUGGAGCGCAUGGGCGUGGAUGUCUCUGCCAUCGUGGCCUUGGACCCGCGCACCGGUCCAGAAACUCUCUCGCCUUCAGGUUUGCCGCUGGCUGCGACAAGCAGUUUGGUGCGCUGCAUCCGCCUACAGGCUCUGCAGUUGUCAUGCCAUGCACCCUACGUGCCCUUCAUGACAAUGCCUCAGCGCAUACUUUGCUACAACCAUGAGAUGCGAGAGACGCCCCAGUAG